AAGGGAGUUAUGAACUAGCUCCAUUAAGGCGAUAGCAGUUGCAUGUUGUUGGAGGUUUUGCUGAAACAUGUUGACUGUUUUCGACAAGGUAAUAGGAAACCUUCCUGUAGAACUGGGGCUUCCUUCAACUGGGUUGGACAAGGCAAAGACCAAGGAAGAAAUCUUGAAGGUUUUUCAAUCAUCACAUCCGGAGUGUACUGUGUACUACCUUUCAGAUGGAAGUUUCAUGGCUUUGGCUCAUGACGAUGAGAAGCAUUCUCAUCCAAGGUCAAUUGUAGUCAUAGACAAUGUCUUCUGUAUUUUCAUUGGGACUUUGGAGAACACUUGUGACCUGAGACGAUACUAUGGCCUUCCAAGGCUUGCAACAGAAGCCAUGAUUGUUGUUGAAGUCUGUAAAGUCCUAAGAGAUCGAGCACCCUACCCACCUGAUGAAGUCAUAAAAGAUUUGCAAGGAAAGUUCGCAUUUAUCCUCUUUGAUGGUAGUUCUGGUACCCUUUUCACAGCCAGGGACUGAGAUGGAAGCGUUGAACUUCACUGCGGAAUGACAGGUGAUGGAUCUCUAGUCUGCUCCCACGAACUCGACAUCAUUAGAGAAGCUUGUGGGAACUUUCCCUCCAGGCUGCAUAUUCACAAAUGCAAGUGGUUUGAUGAGCUUUAUUCAUCCGCUACACAAGGUAAUGGCAAUUGCACGUGAAGAUGAGAGUGGCAACAUCUGUGAAGUUGCUUUUCAGGUGGAUCUAUUCAUGUGAUUACCUAGCAUUCCACGCACCUGUAGUGGACAGAAUUGGGCGAAUGCAACUGCUGUCAAGCAAGGAGAUCACUACUAGGAUCAACAGCAAUGAAGUGAAAUAAAAAUCACCACA